CUUAAUCUUUUUCUCACACCAAAAUUUCUAACUUUCUUCUCAUACACAUCCAUUUAAUUUUAACCUAAGAUAUUUCAAUUACUUUCCCAAUCUUUUCUUAACCCUAGAUAUUUCAAUGGCAACCAAAGCUUCCAAACCUUCUCACCCUACUUAUGAAGAGAUGAUUAAGGAUGCAAUUGUGACUUUGAAAGAGAGAACUGGUUCAAGUCAAUUUGCAAUUGCGAAAUUCAUUGAAGAGAAACACAAACAGCUUCCUUCAAAUUUCAAGAAGCUAUUGCUUCAUAAUUUGAAGAAGAACGUUGCUUCUGGAAAGCUUAUUAAGGUUAAAGGUUCAUUCAAGCUUUCUCCGGCGACGAAACCAUCAGCGGAGAAAAAGCCUGCAGCCGCUAAGCCAAAGACAAAGGCAGUUGCUAAGGUGACGGCAGUGAAGGCCAAGCCCGGCCCUAAGCCCAAGGCUAAAGCUGUUGUCAAGACUAAGGUUGCUGCAAAAGCUAAACCUGUUGCUGCAAAGCCCAAGCCUGCUGCUGCCAAGCCCAAAGCUCCUGCUGCCAAACCUAAAGCUGCUGCUGCAAAGGCCAAACCUGCUGCCAAGGCAAAGACAGUUGUGAAACCUGCUAAGGCUUCAAGGACGUCGACGAGGACAACUCCGGGGAAGAAAGUUGUUGCUGCUAAGAAGCCAGCAGUGAAGAAAGCUGUGGCUGCUAAGAAAGCUCCGGUGAAGAAAGCUGUGGCAGCUAAGAAGUCUCCGGUGAAGAAAGUUGUGUCGACAAAGAGAGGGGGAAGGAAAUGAGAAUUAGAGAAUAGUUAGCUUAUAGUUUUAGUGUUGUUGUAAAGUUGUUUAUUGCUGAAUGUAGUGGUUCUGCAUGUGUAUUUACAAUUACAACAUCAAAUAGGAUUUUUAUUGAAGUUUUUAGAUUCUAAAUUAACGUUUGGAUUUGCCUUGUAUUUCUUUACUAUUAAUUGAACAAUGAAAUUAUUUUAUCUCUU